AUGGCUACAGAAUACUUUUCGGAUCAGGAGUAUACUAGCAAUCAACCGCUUCCCACUCCUGCUGGCACUCCAUACAGUUCUCUAUCACGGCGGAAUUCAAGAUAUGACGGGCCAGGCAGUGAUGUCGCUAGUUCACCCCCUCCCCUUCCACCAGAUCCUGGCUUCACCAGCUCGGACGAUUUCGCCAAUGAUGAGAACAUUUCUAUUCUCGACCCGCGGCGAUUCACCCCUACCUUGCAUGCCAACUUAGUCUCUGAAAUCCUGAACCUUCGUCGGGAGCUUGACUCGAAACAUCGAUUCAUUGACGACCUGGAGUCGAACUUACAUGCUACGCGGACCGAUAACGAUGCCCUCACAAAACAGCUAUCGGCGGUUGCCAAAGAGAACAAACAAGUGAAACGCCAACUGCAGCACUUUGAGAAUGAAACACUUGCGGCACUGGAAGAGAUUGCGGAAGAGAGGGAUAAGAGCAAGGCAGCCAAUGCUGAUCUGCGGGAAAAGCUUGCUGCAGCAGAAAAGAGGACACGCAUCCAAGAUGAUGAUUCCACCAAAGUGCACGACAUGUGGGCUCGUGAAAAGGAUCAGUGGGCUGGAGAGAAGCGGGUGUUGGAGCGACGCGUCCAUGUAUCUGAGACACGCCUGAAGAUGCUCCUAGAGGAGAUUGCCGCGCAUGAAGCUGCCAACGACGAGGCUGGCCUCAUUAGCGACGCAGACGACCAGGCCAUUGACAAUGUUCCUGAAAGCGAUGCAGGUAGUAUCCGUUCUUCCCCCCAACGAUCACCCCAACGGUCACCCCAACGAAGAUCCUCCACUCGUCUCACCCGUCACUCAAGGAACCAAAGCAACAGCAGCUACAAGAGUAUUGGACGCAACUACCGCAUGUCUUUGUUGAGCUUCGACGGACACAACCGUGGUAACGGUAUCAGCCUUGCCGACGAGCUGAUUUUCGACGAAGUUGACGAGGAAGAGGAGGAACUGUUGGAUCUGGAGCUUGAUUCUGACGACUUCCCCGAGCACGAAAUGCGUGCACGCAGACAACUCGAAUCUCGACAAUCGACAAUGCUGCCAGACGAAAAGGCCAAACGCAUCCUGGGACUGAGCAGUGAGCCACAGCAGAUUAGCCCUAUAAUGGAAGAGAGCGAACCUCGCAAGCAGUCUCACGAGACUGGCAAGUCAUCGGUUACUCUGACGCAGCGGGAAAUCAACCUCAUCUGGCCACCAACACGACCAAUCUACGUCGACACUGGUGUGCAACCUUCGCCUCCAGCUUCGCCUACAAAGCCAACUUUUGUCGAGACUGGAUGCCAAACGAUCGAGCCUCCGGCGCAGGUCAAGUCCAACGAUGUGCCAUCUACUGCUGCGGAGAUUGAAGCAAACCAGAGCCGAAAGCGUGUCUCAGUUCCCUUGAACUCCAGUCCACUAUCCCAGGCCAAUGCUGUAACCAGCAUGAUGACUUCAAGCUCUGUGCAGACAGUCGACCAGCCCCUAAGUCCACCACCGACACCCAAGAUCCCUGUUCCAUCAGAAACCACCGAGCUCCCUCAAACCGAGUUGGUGUCAAUAGCCACGCAGACAGACGCCCCGCCUGAGCCAAAGCCUGAGCUACCCAAACGAGCUUCACCGCCAGCCCCGAUUACUAUUCCGUCAAUUGCCAUUCAUGCACCCUCGUCUGCCCCUUCGUCCCCUCGAGCACCCAUCCUUCCACCAUGUACCAAGACGGUGUCUACACAGACGAGCGGGGAUUUGAUCAUCUCGAUGCGUUCAGCUUCCAUGCAGACCGAGCCUAUUCGAAUUGACCAAAGACCUGUCAAGCUUCCUGCACAUCUCCUCCCUUCUGCCAUUUCUUCGAACCCUGGAACGCCUGAAAUCAAGGCGAAGAACGACUUGGACUACUCUCCUGUGAGCGACACCGAAAAGUCUACAUUGAACACAUCGGCUCGUCAGGAUCUAAUGAGUCGUCUUGUUGAGAAGGCUGGUGACAAGAAGAUUGAGAACCGCUACCCUGGAAACAAUGACAACGGUCCUCUGUCACGCAAACUCCAUGCCGACAUACUCAGCCGACCGUUCCGAACAAGCAGUCUCUUCGCAGGCUUUGAUGGCCCAUCUUCUGAUGAGGAAGAAGACGAUGGCGAACUGAGCGAUGGUGACUACAGGGGCUCGCAAUUUUCGACUCCCAUGCUUUCCUCGCGCAACGCAAAGAGCGGACGGCCUGUGAACCCUCCAACGCCUGUACCAGAAGACAAGGAGCCCAUGCCCAGGCCCUCGGUAGACUCUGUCAACUCGAUGGCGUCUAAGCGUAGCUCGAUGGAAAAGCCAGCCAGAGUUGGCAAAUCGCAACGCAACUCAAUCGGCCGCCAGCCCAGCAUCCGACGAUCUGCCAUGAUUCAGAGCAGCACUGCAGCCCAUGCCCGCUCGCGUAGUCCAAGUAUCGGCAGUCUGGGCUCUGGUAACUACAUUCCCAAGCCGCCCUUCCCGGUACCUACUCGAUCAAGCUCGCGCAACAAGCCAAUAAGCAAGAGUGAGGGGUCGCAGAGCCCUACGCCUCGCAACAGCGGCUCCUACCCUGGCCGCCGUCCAUAUGGCGUGAAGCACCAGCGCAAGGAUAGCAUACGCAAGGUGCGAUCCGCUGCUCCGGUCACCAGGCCUUCUCGUCCUCGCAGCAGGUCCCCCACACUUCCUGCCACCCCCAGCAAUGCCGAUACUCACUCGAUCCCGCCGCUACCCAGCGACAUCAUCAGCGCGAGCGGCUACCGCCAUCGUCACCAGAUGUCCACUGCUACAGCAGCUACGGCUCAGUCUGGUACCAGCACCUCGAUCAGCCAGACCAGUGUCGUCGAUGCAAUUGCGGCAGCCAUGAUUGGCGAGUUCAUGUGGAAGUACGUCCGCAAGAGGAAGGCCUUUGGUGGCCCUGAGACGUCGCCAGCAGAUACUCGUGCAGCAGAGGAAGCUUCCCUUGCCACUCAUGGUGUGAGGCACAAGCGUUGGGUUUGGAUUUCGCCAUACGAGCGAGCAAUUCUGUGGAGCAGCAAGCAGCCAACCACCGGCUCUGCAUUGAUGGGCAAGAGUGGUCGCAAACUCAUCAUUCAAUCGGUUCUCGAUGUUGCCGAUACCUGUCCUCCGCCUAAGAAUGAGACACUCUUCAACCGCUCCAUUCUCAUCCUCACCCCUGCACGCGCUCUCAAAUUCACCACCACAUCGCGCGAACGUCAUUACCUGUGGCUGACUGCACUAUCCUUCCUCGCCCAUUCAAGCUCGCCUAUGCCGGAUCUUGCAGCCCUACCUCCUAUACCACCCCCAGUCGACGAGUUCGAGCAACGCCAGCAGGGUGCAACUCUCCGCCGCAGCCGUGUUCAAGACUCUGUUCGUCUCGCCAAGGGCAAGGUCAACCCAGUCAUGGCCCGCUACGCAGCACAAGAGGAGCCCAUACCUAGUCUACCAUCCCUUGCAGGCUUCGACGUGGCAGUCGCCGACUCUGCUAGUCCACCUACUAUCCCGCGUGGUCCGAAUCACGGCAGAAAGAGGAGUUCGACCGGCCCGAGCGCGCCGCCCCCGAGCAUUCCGUUCCGCAGUUUCUCACAUCAGCACGUGCCGUCCGUAUACUCAAAUGUCUCCUCGGACAUGUACAGCGCUGGCAUGCCACCAUCCGCUCCGAGCUCUGUAUACAACCCCAAUAGCGGCCUAGUGAGCUCCAGGACGUCCGAGGCCAGCACAUCCACCAACCGCCACUUCUUUGAAGCCAUGGGCACCGUUCGUAUGGAGGCAUUCAUCGACAACGCUCUCGGCGACCAAAAGGUGGGCUAUGGCGUGCGCGCAUCACACAUGCACCACCGUCGUCGUCGCGGCAGCAGCCAAUGGAGCGCCAGCACCCGCGACGCGGCCAACCGAAACGGCGGCGUCUUUGACUUUGAGACGUGCGAUCCAUUCCGCGGCUUCUGA